GACGAACUGUCAGAAUCGCGCGACGGUCAGAAAUCAAGGGUGAAGAUCGCGGACCAGGAGAAUUUUAUUGGCCUCUUCUAGUUCGAUUAGUCAAGUGUGUGUGUCCCCUGCAGGAACGAAAACCUUCCCGAUUCCGGUGCCAUUCGUUAAUUAACUUAUCCCCGAUUCCAAGAUGUGGUCCGACACGUUGCUGAUUGUGUUUAUCUCCAUUUGUACCGCCUUCCUCGGCGAAGGUCUCACCUGGGUCAUGGUGUACCGGACCGAAAAGUACCAGAAGCUGAAGGGCGAGGUGGAAAAGCAGAGCAAGAAAUUGGAAAAGCGCAAGGAAACCCACGGCGACUCGCUGGACAAAUCGGCCAAGAAGAAAAUCGAACGCGAUGAGGAAAAGCUGAAGAACAACAACCGCGAUUUGUCGCUGGUCAAGAUGAAGUCGAUGUUUGCGACGGGUUUCGCCUUCACGGCACUGCUCAGCAUGUUCAACAGCAUCUUUGACGGUCGCAUCGUGGCCCGACUGCCGUUCACUCCGAUCUCCUGGAUUCAGGGACUGUCCCACCGUAAUCUUCCCGGUCAGGACUACACCGAGUGUUCGUUCAUCUUCCUGUACAUUCUGUGCACGAUGUCCAUCCGCCAGAACAUCCAGAAGUUGCUCGGCUUUGCUCCGUCGAGGGCCGCCAGCAAGCAGGCCGGAGGACUCUUCGGACCGACGCCCGGACAGUUUAAGUAAAGCGGGAAAAGGGACAGUCAUCAGAGAUAGGCAUUUUUGAUUCGUUUAAAAAUCAUUUCAAGAACAAGUCAGCCAAAAAGCGUGAGUUAAAUUAAGGGUUUAGCGAAAAACAGUUAAUGUUUGUAAACUUAAUCGACGUUGAUUCAUUUAUUUAUAACUAGACUAGAUUAUGAUUUACUCCUUA